AUGGCCAUACCCAUGGCAGUAUCGAGUGACCUCCUCCAUUUCUCCCCGCGCCCGAACCCUGUGAAGCUUCGAGGCUCUCGGUGGCAGCGAGCUGGCUGCCUCCAGGCUCCCGACGCCCGCUCCCCACAGCGGGUGCCCACUUCCAGGCCUUCAGGGAUGAAGGCCGCUUCCGGGAAGGAGGAGGACACGAACCCCAAGGCUGUCUCGUUGCCGAAGGGUGGAGCCCCGGGCACCCUGGUGGCCAGGAGCAAGGCAAUCACUAAUCUCACCUCCUUGUUUUCGCGUGUUGAGUCGUCGACCGUGUCUUGCCAUAUGAUUCCGUUGCGGUUUGUAUGA